AUGCGCUGUGUCACCAGUGCUUCGCUUGCUCUCUCGCUCUUCGCGUCGUCGGUCCUCGGUAGCAUUUGGCCGCUGCCGCGCUCUCUAACAAACGGCACCUCUUUCCUCCAACUUGCGCCCGACUUCAAGUUCAACGUCGAGCUGGACGGCGCUCCUGAUGAUCUGUAUAUCGCUAUUAACAGGACGACCCAAAGUAUUCAAAGCUCUCUCAUUGAGCGUCUUACCGUCGGACGUGGAACGCAAGACCAGCAAGCGAUCAACGCAGCUCCGACCCUGUCUUCGGUGUCGCUCGUGCUUCAGGAUGGUGCGACUGUUCUUCCCAUCGCGGAGGAAGCUGUAAAGCCCUUGGGCAAACGCUCCGAGGGAUACAGUUUGCAUGUCCCUGAGGACGGCUCGGAGGCGAUCAUUUCCGCAAACAGCACGUUGGGGCUCCUGCGUGGCCUUACCUCGUUCGAGCAGCUUUGGUACACUCUGGAGAAUGUCACGUAUACCAACUUGGCCCCAAUUACUAUCGAGAACGAUGCUCCUGCCUACCCUUACCGCGGCUUCAUGCUGGACACGGGACGCAACUAG